ACAUUUUGGGGACCCCUUAGCCAGCUCGUGCUCCUCUGCUCCUGCCUCGGUGGAAGGAAGGGGGAGGAGCAGGCGGAGGCUCCUCUUCGCUCCCAUGUUGGUGUUUGUUGUUUGCGAGGGUGGCAGCACUGUGGACGGGGGAGACGGAGCGCUGUCGGCUGGCCUGCCAGGACCCUUUCGCCGAGAAAAAGCUAUAACUUUUUCCGAACACGGAGCAGAACGGUGAAGAUUUGUGACAAUGACCCGUCGAUAGUAGCAAAGGUUCGGCCAUAUGGCUGUGAGGUCCCGCUCGGCUCGUCUUGUGCGCAGAGACGCGUUUUUCCGAUUGACUGCCAGUCUGGAGCUCGUCUGAGAAGGAGCUCCGCGACGUGUGCGCUUUCUCUGGAUCUCCCUUCCCCUUUUUUUUUCUUUCUCCCCCAAAACCAAGUUCUUCCUCGGCGACGAGAAAUUUUCUAACUCGUUUGUUCGCCCGUUAACUUCCGAAAAUGGUCUUCUUCGCUCUGGCUCGGAACAAACCGGGAUAACGACGGGAGCAGGCUACGUGACAACACCCCAGAACCGGCGUUACUUUGCUUCGAAGCUGCUCCCUGUCCCAGGAUUUACUCAACUCUGGGAUUAUUGUAUCUACAGUUAAUGCAUCUGGGGGAGUCUAUGAGAGAGUGCGAGUACAGUCAAAUAAGCACUCGCAGCUCCACACCAAUGGAGACCCCAUACAAGAAAAGGACACCAAAAAAGAGGAAAUGGGAGGCCUUUCCUGGUCGGAAUAAAUUUUACUGUGAUGGGAGGAUUAUGAUGGCCAAACAGACGGGGGUUUUCUACCUCACCCUUUUCCUCAUUCUUGUAACCUGUGGACUGUUUUUCACAUUUGAUUGUCCAUUCCUAGCACUGCAGCUGACCCCAAUCAUCCCCGUCGUAGGAGGUGCGCUAUUUCUGUUUGUACUGGGGACUCUAUUGAGAACCAGCUUCAGUGACCCUGGGGUGCUACCAAGGGCCACCCCUGAUGAAGCAGCUGACCUGGAAAGACAAAUAGAUGUGGCCAACGGCAGCACGGGCUAUAGGCCUCCCCCCCGGACCAAGGAGAUCCUCAUCAACGGCCAGACAGUCAAGCUCAAGUACUGCUUCACGUGCAAGAUCUUCAGACCACCACGUGCCUCCCACUGCAGCCUCUGUGACAACUGUGUGGAGCGUUUUGACCACCACUGUCCGUGGGUGGGGAACUGCGUGGGAAGGAGGAACUACCGUUUCUUCUACAUGUUCAUCCUCUCGCUCUCCUUCCUCACCAUCUUCAUCUUCGCCUUUGUCAUCACACACAUCAUUUUACGCUCACAUCGAAGCGGGUUCCUCAGCGCACUCAAAGAUAGUCCUGCUAGUGUGCUGGAGGUGGUGGUGUGUUUCUUCUCCGUUUGGUCCAUAGUGGGCCUCUCAGGCUUCCAUACCUACCUGAUCAGCUCCAAUCAGACCACCAAUGAAGACAUAAAAGGCUCGUGGUCUUCUAAAAGAGGGAAGGACAACUUUAAUCCUUAUAGCUAUGGCAAUAUAGUCACCAACUGCUGUGCAGCGCUAUGUGGACCCCUGCCACCGAGUCUCAUUGACAGACGCGGUUUUAUUGAGUCAGACGCGCCACAGCUGGCACCGCCGACCAACGGCAUCACCACGUACGGCGCCACCCAUUCCCAGCAAAGCCACAUGUGUGACCAAGACCAGUGCAUUCAGAGCACCAAAUUCGUUUUGCAGGCUGCCGCCAUCCCUCUACUCCAGCAGCAGAGCAGUGAGCCAGUCAUCCUAACCACCUCCCCCGAUAACGGGAUGUCCCUCCCUGGCAGAACCCCCCUCGCACUGGUAGGUCCCUGCACCUCACUUCCCCUGGGCCAGCCUACCCCACCCACCUCCACCCCCAGUCUCAGCUGCCACGAGGCCGCCGACAUGCAGCUGAUCCAUGGACACACCUACGCACUAAACCACAGCCACUAUCUCACCCCUGAGGAAGUGCCCUCGCCGCCGGGCAUGCUUCCCUGCAGCAGCCCCCUGAGCCACGGCGUGCCGGCCAGUUUAUACGACCCGGCCAGCCAAGACUCGCUCCACGAGGACUCCGUCCGAGGGUUGGUGAAGCUGAGCUCCGUCUGACGGCGGUUUCACCCCACCCCUCCUGAGCUGGAGCAGAACUGACAUGAAUCUGUUUUUAAAUUUCAAGGGAAGAAUAAAGUAUUUUGUUCCAGGAAGUAUCGAGUUUUGGAGCAAAACACAACCUCAGGUCAGAGGCUGCGUUUUCGUCAGUGAAUAAGGUUUUUUGUGUGAUUUAAACCUACCUGCCUGUUGCUAGUUGGACUGUGAUGCCUUUUUUGGGCAUCAUCCUGCUUUUUCUAUGGAAAGAAAAUCAAAGACUGUUGGAGCCACUAAUUACAACCACAAAAUAUAUUUCCUGUAGAUAUUAAUAAAAACUACUUUUUAUCA